GUGACUCUCGAAUCUUUAUUUGCAGAGGAUCGCUCGUCCCGUUAUUCUCUGGAAUUAUUAUUAAAACAGUUUUUUUGGUUUUUAUUAAUUUUUUUUCCGAAGAAGCACAUGACUAAUUUCGGCGAAAUAGGAAAAUCCGCUUGUGGCAUUAACGCAUUACCGGCCAGUCUGUAGAAAUGCCAUAAAUAUGGUUUAAAAGGAAGAAGUGAGUUUUCCAGUCUGUAACGUUAGGCGAUUUUUUUCUCCAUCAUUAAUAAUCACCGGGAGGAAUUUCUCUGAAUUUCUCCGGAAUUUAUCAAACGCAAGUAUGUCAGGAAAACACUUCAACGUGCACGAAGUGGGUUGUUGCAUCAAAUACUUCAUAUUUGGAUUUAACAUUAUAUUUUGGCUGCUCGGGGUGGCGUUCCUGUCCGUGGCUCUGUGGGCCUGGAGUGAGAAGGGGGUUCUCUCCAACAUAUCCUCCAUCACAGAUCUGGGCGGGUUUGAUCCGGUUUGGCUGUUUCUCGUGGUGGGUGGGGUGAUGUUCGUGCUCGGCUUCGCAGGAUGCAUCGGUGCUCUGAGGGAAAACUCCUUCCUUCUUAAGUUUUUUUCCGUUUUUCUGGGAAUCAUAUUUUUCCUGGAGUUGACAGCGGGAGUCUUGGCCUUUGUCUUUAAAGACUGGAUUAAAGACCAGCUCAAGUUCUUCAUCAACAACAACAUUAGAGCCUACAGAGACGACAUUGACCUACAGAAUCUCAUCGACUUCACACAAGAUUAUUGGGAGUGUUGUGGAGCUUUUGGGCCUGAAGACUGGAAUCUGAAUAUUUACUUUAAUUGUACUGACACUAAUCUGAGCAGAGAGAAAUGUGGGGUUCCCUUUUCCUGCUGCACCAAGGACCCUGCUGAGGAUGUGAUAAACACACAGUGUGGAUAUGACAUUCGAGCGAAAGGUGAAAAUGAACAGAAGACGUUUAUACACACGAAAGGAUGUGUACCGCAGUUUGAGAAAUGGUUACAGGAGAAUCUAACCGUAGUGGCCGGAAUCUUUAUAGGAAUUGCACUUCUGCAGAUAUUUGGGAUCUGUCUGGCACAGAAUCUUCUGAGUGACAUUGAGGCAGUCAGGGAGAGCUGUUUGUUCACCUGAAGCACUUGAGCCAUUCUGCUGACAGAGCCUCCAUCUCUCUAUCACUCGGCAACAGGGUUGGCACAUUGUCAUCACAGUAUCCUAGCAACCAGCGAGGGAUUCCAUUCGCAUACCUCCUUUAUUACAUUGUACAGCAACAUCUUCAUGUUUCCAUGAUAAUGGUGUCCAAUAGUAGAUUUGCUUUUAAUCCUUCAAGUGCAAAAUUCAACAGUAUUAACACAAUAAGUCUACACACAACUCAUUUGUCGUCUUUAAGCCUUUAAGAAACACUUAAAGGAAUGGUUGACCCAACACUGAAAACUGGCUGAAAAUGUACUCGCCCUUAGGUCAUCCAAUAUGUAGAUGAGUUUCAGCAUUACAUCACUUGCUCACCACUGGAUCCUGUGCAGUCAGAAUGAGAGUCCAAACAGAUGAUAAAAACGUCACAAUAAUCCACAAGUAAUCCACACCACUUAAGUCAAUCAAUUUGACAACAUUCUGGUAAAAACCCUACAUAUCUCUGACUAUUUCUUCAUUACAUUUAAACUACGUUUCAUACCUGUUUUGCCACCAACCCCUAUGCCAGUUACUUUUAGACGAAACCUACGCUCCCUUUCCCCCUCCCAUCUUUCCACCAUAGUAUCCUCCUGUCUUCCCUCACCUACACAUUUCUCAUCUCUGUAUGUGAAUACAGCAACUGACACUUUAUGCUCUGCUUUAACCUCUUGUCUAGAUGAUAUUUGUCCUCUCUCCUCCAUGCCAGCACAGGCUGCCCCUUUUAACCCCCGGUUAUCCGAUGUUCUUCGUGAGCAUCGUACCACCUCAGGGCAGCAGAGAGAAAAUGGUGCAAAUCAAAAGAUCCGUCAGAUCUGAGUAUAUAUCAGUCUUUGCUUUCAUCUUUCUCUGCUGAAGUCCAUACUGCCAAAUCUUCAUACUUCCACAACAAGAUCAACAGCGCCCCAGACACAUCUCUUCAAAACAUUCAGUUCUCCAAAACAUUCAGUUCUCUUCUCUGUCCCCCUCCACCACUUCUAUAACAGCCGAUGAUUUCGCCACAUUCUUCACAGACAAAACCAGAAAAAUCAGUAGUCAAUUCUCAGCUCAACACACACAAGACCUAAAACCAACCACACCCACUGCUAAAACUUCAAUCUUCUCCUUCUGUCCCCUCACUGAGGCAGAAGUACCUUUCCCACUGCAUUCAAGCAGGCUCGGGUAAC